AUGGCGGAUCAAUCCAUCAUCAGGAUAACCAAGGCAUGUCUGCCGCCUCACUGCGGGGAGCUGAGCGACAUCCAGAGGAACUCCGAUCUUUCCCUGGCCGUUGCAUGCCGCGAUGUCGACGUACGCAACGUGAAAGCGCUCAUCAUCGGUCCGCACGAGACACCUUACGAGUUUGGCUUCUUCGAGUUUACGUUCAAAUUCAAUAAAGACUAUCCCCGAAAGUCGCCCAGCGUGAACGCAGUCACCACGAAUGGUGGUCGAUGCCGAUUCAACCCUAACAUAUAUGCUCAAGGGCGAGUGUGUCUGUCUAUUCUUGGAACAUGGCGCGGCGAGCGAGGCGAAGAGUGGUCUUCUGCCCAAGGUCUCGAGUCUAUCCUACUCUCGAUCCAAAGCUUAAUGUCGUCCAACCCGUACGAGAACGAGCCAGGCUUUGAGGAUGCCAACGAGGCUCAAGACAAGAAGAACCAGAAGGACUACGUUCAAAAGAUCCGCCACGAAAGCCUGCGAAUCUCUGUCAUUCAGCGACUGGAAGAAUACCUGGGCAUCGGUGCUGAUGGCAACGUCGCUGCGUCUUCGAACACAGACAAAGAAGACUACGAGGUGGACAUGGAUGGUCUCGAGGACGCCGGCACAGCCUUUGAACCUUUCAAGGACCUGUGCAAGCGCCGUUUCCUUUGGUACUUCGAGUCGUACCUUGAGUCGAUCCGCAAAGCCAAGGAGGAGGUCAAGGACGGCCAGGCGUUUGUCAGGAUGCCGUUCGAGGGCCAAGGAAAUACCAUGGAUGGAAAGUUCCACUACACAGAGCUGGAAAGGCGGCUGCGAAACAUCAAGAAAGUUCUGGACGAGGAGACCAAUCAGUGGGCGGCGCAGGGAUUGUCACCUGAGUUCAAGGAUGCAACAGUCACUGUCAACCUGCGCCGGCAGUACGAACAAGUCCUCGAGCAUUUCAGGCAGCACGGCCUUGCGCAUCACGUGGAGUUGGAGGGUGGCAAUCCUUUCGUCUGGGUUCUGACGUACAUCGGCAAGACCAUGACUCCGUUAGAGGACGGAUUAAUCCGUGUCAGGCUUCACCUGAGCCCACGGUUCCCCGAGGAGCAGCCUCGUGCCAGGUUCGAGACGAGAAUCUUCCACCACCGCAUUGCCCCAGAUGGAACGCCCUGUUACUACUCGAGCCCCUCGCGUCGGGAGGACAUGAAGACCCACCUCGAGGCAAUCAUUGAGAUGCUGGAGGACGAAAAACCCCCUUACGACCCGCGGACUCUCGUCUACCCCGAAGCUUUCAAACUUUUCUGGGGCAGUCCCCAGGACAGGAGGCAAUACAACCAACGACUACGCCGGUCAGUUCAGGCGUCCAUGGAGCUUUAG